AAACGUCAGUUUACGGGGACUACAGUAUUCGGUGCUCGGAGAGGGUAACAUCAUGGCGUCGGGAGCAGGAGACCAGUCCACCGGACACGAUGCAGAACUGGACGAGUUAUUGGACAGUGCCUUGGAUGACUUUGACAAGACAUCGGCCCCUCCAGCCCCAGAACCUGCAGCUGCUUCCUCCUCAGCCAGCAGUGGUGCAGAAAAGCCACCCUUGCUUGAAGAUUGCAAACUCUUCGAGACUCUCUUCGAGGGUGACAUGGCCACACAAGCCAAGGAGGAGUGGGAGAAGGCCAUGACUGAGCUGGCUCACGAGGAGCCAGAACUGCUGCAGCACUUUCAUAAACUGUCCGAGGCUGCAGGGAAAGUCGGCACUGACACCGCCUCCCAACAAGAAUUCACCUCUUGUCUUAAAGACACCCUGCGUGGUUUGGCCAAAAAUGCAGACAACCUGCAGUCAUCAGGACUGGCCGGAGACGACCUCGUCAAAGCCCUCGAAGGCCUGGGAUUGGAUGAGGGUGGUGAAAGAGGCGGUGACGACGGAAACAUCCUGCCCAUCAUGCAGUCCAUCAUGCAGAAUCUCCUCUCUAAGGAAGUGCUUUAUCCGUCUCUCAAAGAGAUCACUGCCAAGUACCCAGAGUGGUUGGACGCCAAUAAACCGAGCCUCAGCCCAGAGGACUACCAGCGCUAUGAGAAGCAGGCCAAAAUCAUGGGAGAGAUCUGUAAGCUCUUUGAGAAGGAGGAGGAGACGGCGGAGGAUAAAGAGAGCACGUUCGAGAACAUCAUGGACCUGAUGCAAAAGCUGCAAGACCUGGGCCAACCACCCAAGGAGCUGGCAGGUGACGCGCCUCCAGGCCUUAACUUCGACAUGGAGUCCCUCAACCUCCCAGGAGGCCCUGGGGCGGGGGCGGCAGAUCAGUGCUCCGUCAUGUGAAGGAGGUACUGGUGCAGUCCAUCAUAAGCGCUGGAGCCAGAGGGUCACUCUGUGUGGGCGUCAGCGACAGUCGGGCAGCAAAGAAAGGAGAGAGAAGCAAAUAUCAGACAGGUGUGACCAGACCGUCGACACUGUUCUCCCUCAAGCAGAAUGUGUGUGUGUGUUGUGAGUGUGUGAGUGCAGUAACAACAGGAGGAGACAGGAAAACAAAAAACAAAAAAAAAACAACAAGAAACCACACAUGCAAACACAAACUCUUCUGUCCAAAAUCACUGACCUCACAACUGUAAAGAUUUGAACAUCUCUGCGUUAGUUUGUCAGCGGUUUGUUUAGCGCUUUAACUUGAUAAUUUUAAGCAUCAUUCCUUUUCCUGAAACGCAGCAGAAGCGCUGUGUUGUCUCAACUGUUUAGCCUCAUGGUAAAAAGAUCUAUCACACCACUUCACGGGUAUAAACAGUGCCUUGGCAAACUUUGAAGCUCUUAUUUUAGUUUCUCACUACAGGGCGAGAUUUAAGAUCAUAGAUUUGAAACCAAAUUUGCAAUAUUAUCCCAGAUUAAUGUGACCUUAGUGACAAUUUCUUUGGUUCUUCAUUCAUUAAUUGCACUCCUCUGUUUGUGUACAGACUGUAUAGGAGUUGAAUUAAGAGUUAAUCACUUAUUAACAUGUAAGGAAACAGGAAGUAACCGAGUGUACGUGUGUUAAUUAUUUAAAUAAUUGAAAAAGGCUAAAGAGGAUUGAACGCCUCUUAAAACGUUCUCUACUGUAAUCCAGCCAACUAAUGUGGCAAAAAAACAAAACAAGAUCCAUUCCCCCUAUUUAGCCUCCCCCCCCCAGGUAUAGAUUUAACGUGAUUGCAAUGAUGAUAUCCGGAUGCCUUUGCUGUGGUGACAGUGAUCAUUAUAGUGUAGAGUUACUGUGCAAAGUGCUUCCCUUGUGAUUCCCUGUGUUUUUUAAAAUGUGCAGAGUGAUUGUUUUCUUUGGUACGGGGGGGGGGGGGUCCCAGCUAGGAAAGAAAAACACUUCAGAGGUAUUCACGAGCUGUUUACCUUCUGAUAACAGGGAACGUGAAUCCUGUCCCCCUUCAUUGAGAGAAAAAAAAAGUACAUCAUGUUCUUUCCAGAAAAAGGUGGGGUGAGAUCAGUCUGAUGUUAGCACAUUUUCGCCUGUGGUUUGUUUACUCCAGCGUCCACGUUUCACCAGCUGCUAACGCCAGUGGACAGUUUUUUUUCACUGCGGAGACCAUAGACAGAGAGGUCUCUCGAAUUCACACGGCCAUCAGCGCAUCAAUAACUGUACGAUAAAGGGUUACUGUGAAAGGAUUCAGUCAGCUGUGCACUGAAAUUUAGAUUUACAUGAAACACACGCUGCUGCUGUGGAGGUCCAUAAAGGCCUGUGGUCGUCACUGAUGGAAGGGGGGGGGGGUGCAAUCUGUUCAACACUCAGGGCUGAUGUAAACAUGCCCAGAGCACCGUCAAAGAAAUGCAGCCUGAUAUUUGACACUAUUUUGUUUUGUAAAUAUAUGAAAUGAAAUAAAGAUAUGAUGCAAUUUA